UUCUUCAGAAGUCCUCCUCUCUUUAUAUGUAUCUCUCUCUAUCUAUAGGUUUUUUUAAUGGUUUACCAAGUCCACAUAACUCUUACUUGAAUCUCUAACUUGGUGCACUAUUUUAUACAUUGGUGGCCUCUCAAGGAGGCCUUGCAGUGGUGAAAAGAAGGGCAUGGGCCACCAUUCCUGCUGCAACAAACAAAAGGUCAGGAGGGGCCUAUGGUCCCCUGAAGAAGAUGAGAAACUCAUCAAUCACAUUGCAACCUAUGGCCAUGGAUGCUGGAGCUCCGUACCCAGACAGGCUGGCCUUCAGAGAUGUGGUAAAAGCUGCAGGUUAAGGUGGAUUAAUUACUUGAGACCUGAUUUAAAGAGAGGCAACUUUUCUCCUGAAGAAGAGUCUCUCAUCAUUGACCUCCACAGAAUGCUUGGAAACAGGUGGGCUCAGAUAGCCAAGCAUCUUCCAGGAAGAACAGACAAUGAAGUGAAGAACUUUUGGAACUCAUGCAUUAAGAAGAAGCUGGUGUCACAGGUUGUAGAGCCAGCUUUUCCUAGUGACUCCAAAGUCAUAGCUUAUUAUAACCAAGAUAUUACUCCAUUUUUGAGCUCAAACCCUAACCUGAUGUGCACCCAGGAUCAGCUAUAUAUGCCUAAUGCUAGUUGUACUCCCAAUGGAACAACUGCACCAACAAAUGGUGGCCAUGGAGAUGGCAUGGGAAUUUACAAUUCCCAUGAUUGGGUCAUGUCACAAGGGCCAUCAAGGCAAAACAUAGAUCCAUGGCUUGCUAAUUAUCAAAGCUAUGACCAUGAAAGCUUAAAGAAUCAAAACCCUAUUUCAACAACACCCACAUCAGACUACACGCAUGAUCGAUUCAUGGCUAGUUCUUCCCAUGCCCAUGAUUCCCAUGCAAUGGCCAUUUUGGACCCGACGCAGAUGCCGAAGCUCCGCGAAUUCAUCAACAUGGAUGAAAGUGCCAUGCCAUCAUCAUCAUCCACACAUGAAGAGGCUGACCAUAGCAAUUCCAAGGCUCCUUACUUCUCUUCAGCUCCAUAUGUUGAUAGCUUAUAUGAUCCCCGCAUGUGCAUGGAUGAUGGCAUGGACUAUCUAAAUACAACCAUGGUGUCAUCAUCAUCAUCAUCUGGGCAACUCCCAUUCAACCCCAACUUGCUUUCAAACUGGGAGCCCUAACCCUAGGCCUAGCCCCUUGUCCAAUUCUAGGAAGAUGUCCAUAUAUGCCUUACUGUGCAUAUAUAGGAAUAUUCUUUCUUUCUUCCUAUGGUGGUGAGUGCAUGGAACAUUAAUUUAGGCAGAGACUGUUCACUACAUACGUGUGAAAAUCAGGAAACUCAGUUGCAACCAUGUGAAUGUAAAUAUGGGCCUACUCAAUACUGUAAAAUCAGCAGGCCCAUGAAAGUUUGAGGCAUUUAA